GUCAGCCUUAUGUUAUACAUCCGAAAGCAACGCAACCGCUUGUCACAACGACGGAUGAAGACCCUGUAGCUGAGUAUCCGGUCUCUGGCGAUACGGUCGAAGACCCAGGAGAGAGUGAGUUUCUAAAUUUCAUCAUUACCUGCAUAAAAGCAAUGGAAAGGGACACGCCAGCUCAAGAUGAUGAGAUUUUCCCAUGUGAUCACGAGCUGUCUCGUGUGCCGGAACUCCCUAGCACCCGCAAGGAUACGAUUAAUCUCGUCUUCAUUGGUCAUGUAGACGCCGGGAAGUCAACAAUUGGUGGACACUUACUGUACCUCACUGACAUGGUGGAUAAGCGCACUCUCGAAAAAUACGAGCGUGAGGCCAAGGAGAAGAACCGCGAAACCUGGUACUUAUCGUGGGCGCUUGAUACCAAUCCCGAGGAACGCGAUAAAGGAAAGACAGUCGAGUGCGGACGAGCCUACUUUGAAACAGAGAAAAAGCGUUUCGUUCUUAUUGAUGCUCCGGGCCACAAAUCCUUCGUUCCAAACAUGAUUUCCGGCGCAGUGGUGGCUGAUUUGGCUAUCCUGGUUAUUUCGGCCCGUCGAGGGGAAUUCGAGACGGGGUUUGAAAAGGGAGGCCAAACUCGGGAACACGCUGUGCUGGUUAAGACGGCUGGUGUGAAAUACUUAGUCGUCGUUGUCAACAAAAUGGAUGACCCAACAGUCUUGUGGGAUGAGGCUCGAUAUAACGAGUGCAAAGAGAAGAUUAUUCCAUUUUUAAAAAAGGUUGGAUUCAAUAUGAGGACGGAGGUGCAUUUUAUGCCUUGCUCUGGGUACACUGGCGCCUUCCUCCGCGAUGUUCCCAGCGAAUCCGUCUGUUCCUGGUACCGUGGUCCUUCCCUACUCGAGUUUUUGGACUCCCUCCCGAGCAUAAGCCGAAAGACGGAUGGACCACUCCGUAUCCCUAUCACUGAUAAAUACAAAGAUAUGGGUAUAUUUGUCACGGGGAAGGUGGAAUCCGGUACCGUUUCCAGAGGUCAGUCACUGGUACUUAUGCCUUCCAGAAUCCCAGUGGAGGCAGCUCAAGUAUUUAAUGGUGAUGUUGAAGUUCUGAAAGCAGAAGCCGGUGAAACAUGUAAACUCAGGCUGAAGAAUUGCGAAGAGGAAGAUAUCUCUCCUGGUUUCUGUCUUUGUUCACCAAGCAAUCUAUGUAAAGUAUCCGACAGAUUUGACGCCAAAUUGAUUGUUCUCGACUGCAAAUCAAUCAUGUGUCCUGGAUACACUGCGGUGCUUCAUAUGCACUCGACCAUGAAAGAGGUGCGACUCCGAACCAUCAUUUGCAGAAUUGAUAAAAAGACCAAUCAGAAAACAGAGAUUAGACCACGGUUCAUCAAACAAGAUGAUGCUGCUGUGGUCCGGUUUGAGGUUAUCGGGGGCACUAUAUGCCUAGAAACCUUUGAGUCAUUUCCACAAAUGGGGCGCUUCACGCUACGAGACGAGGGCAAGACGGUUGCUAUUGGCAAAGUAGUCAUGAUCAUCCAGCCCAGUGAUUCGGAGGCCUAGUCUUCAGCAGAUUUGGACACUCACGCGCACACGCUGGAGCGCUUCGUGAUGUGUUACCUGUCAGUCUCCACCACCCAUCGUUCAAUCUAUUUCGAUACUGCUUGACUUCCAUAACCCUGCUCCAACCCUGAUGAACAAAGUUGUUCUUCCACAUUUCAAAGAUACCUAAUGCAGUUUUUGCCAACUGCUUUUACCCACGUCUGUCAUCAAUAUCUUUGCCGGGGUUUUCCACUUGCUUUUGGAACUGUAUUCGUACCGACUUCCGGCGUGAUUUAAAUGGGGUGAGGAUACUGGUUUGUUCUAUUUUUUCUUGUCUAUUGGGGCCAAUCUAUCUGUUCACAUUUUACGAACAGACGAGUUGGCUGAACUUGAGGUUAAUCCACUUCAGUCCUCCUGUAACACCUUAAAUCCGGUACAUCAGAAUCGCUGGAAAAUGUGUUUUUGGACGAAAAGACUUCUGUCAUUGAUCUGCAUAGAUUAGUGUGAACCUCUGAAGAAUACUGUGAAAGAACACUUCUCAACAAUUUGAAUUUCGUUCUUUGUGGAGUGUAUCAGAAUAAAGCGAUGGCUUGCUCCACAGACUCCGUUUUGCAGCCACACCACUUCCGGAACCACAGUUCUCCCCCCAGAGCAAC